AAAAAAGCAUUAGAAAUCUGCCGAAGUGGUGAAGAGGACUUGCUGGUGAAAGACGGAACAAUCGCCAGCGCUGAGCAUGCCUAGAAGCAGCGUACUUACUCCUUCCGGCUUUCAGAGCGGCGUUUCCAGGACAAGAUGAAGUCCCUUGUAGUGUUCGAUUUCGACCACACGUUAGUGGACGAUAAUAGCGAUACGUGGGUGAUAAAAUGCGCCCCUAACCAAAGUCUACCAGCCUGGCUCAAGAACUCGUACCAAAAAGGACGCUGGACUGAAUAUAUGGGGCGAGUGAUGUCUUAUUUAGGAGAACAGGAAGUUAGCCGCGACACUGUUCGAAGUGUCAUGGAAACCGUGCCUUUUACAGACGGAAUGGUCGAGCUUUUAACAUACAUCUCUCAAAACAAAAAUAACAUUGACUGCAUCAUCAUCUCCGAUUCCAACUCCCUCUUCAUUGACUGGAUUCUUGGAGCAGCUGGUGUCAAAACGGCGGUUGACAAUGUCUUCACGAAUCCAGCCACCUUUGACGACCGAGGCUAUAUGUCAGUGCAGUGCUAUCAUUCUCAUGAAUGCGGUCAGUGUCCUGUCAAUAUGUGCAAGAGGAGUGUGCUGGAUGACUUCAUAAAAAACAAGAGGCAGGGCGGUGUGCAGUAUGAGAGGAUCUGCUAUAUCGGCGACGGAAGGAACGAUCUUUGCCCCGUUAAGAUUCUCAGAGAAGGGGACUUGGUAAUGGCGAGAAAGGGAUAUACGUUGGAGACGCUUCUCUCAUCAGCACGGGUCUCGGAGAAUUGUUUACUGAAGCCACGAGUUGUUGUGUGGUCAAGCGGAUUUGAAAUCCUAAAUGAAAUUAGUAAAUUGAUUAAUUAAUGUAUACCUGUCAUUACAAAAAUAUCUACGCAAGCUAGUAUUAAUACUUAGCAUAAAAAGCUUCCUGAUGUUUUUGUUUUAUCAUUUAUGGGCCAUUCUACAGACACCAUGCAAAUUGUUGUCCAUCUCUAGACCAAAGGUCACCAGCAUAACCAUCUUUACUGAUAUAUGCUGAUUUUUUUCCCAGCAUGGUUAUGAUAAUUUACUAGAAUGGCGCCCAUCACAGCAAAAGCAUUACCUUAAUAAAAUCAUGUUGCUCCAUACAGCGCUACAUACUUUCAGUGACUACUUAAUUAGGUACAUCUAUUCAUUAAAGCAAAUAGCCUGCUCCUCCAAACUGAAUCAUGUCGCUGCAACUUAAUAUAUAAAAACUAUAUGUGAAAUCAAUGCAACUUUGACCAUGGUAUGAUUGUUGGUACCAGAUGUGGUGCUCCCAGCAUCUCAGAAACAGAUGCCCUCCUGGAAUUUCCACUCUACAGUUUACAGAGCAUGGUCCAAUAAACAAAAAACAUUCAGUGAGUGGCAUUUCUGUGGGCAAAAAUGCCUUAUUAAUGAGAGCGGUCAGAGGGGAAUGGACAGACUCAUUCAAGCCAACAGAAAGGCCACAAAUGCAGAAAUAACAGUUGUUUACAACAAUACCAUUUGAUUAUAAUGCCAUUUUAUGAGGGCCCAGGUGUCAACACUUAGUUUUGGUCUGACUUAUUUUGUCUGUUUUCUGUACUUUAAACAAUUUAAUGAAUCAUUUGCUGCAUUGCUACAUGAGUGUGACAAUUAGUAACAGCACAUUAGAAUUUAUGGGUGGCAAACUGGUUAAAACAAAAAACCUGCUUACACAGAGAUCCUCCAGGACUCGGUUUGAGAGUCCGCUGCUGUGCAACGUCAAAGUAAGAGUCUGAAUUGCAGGCAUCAACUUGACAGACUGAAAUGGAAAUACCGUAGAUCUGACCUGUGGUCAAACUUAGUAAGAGCGGAAGUAAAUUUAAGGGUUUGUGUCGGUGUUGUUCCUACUGAAGGGGAGGCUCAGUAUAAACACUGGCCCUGCAGACACAUUAGCCCCGAAAUGUGCUGAGGAGCUGUAAGCAGAGCUAGCUGUGUUUUGCUCUGAUCUCCUGUCAAUUUGGAGAGUUUAGCAAUAGAGGGGUUACCAUAUUAAUUUUGUCCUUUUUACCUUUUUCAUUAUUCACAAAAAAAGCUUUUGUAAUGCCUCCUGGUAUAUUACACUUUCUUAAAUUAAGGUAAAGAUCCGUACUAGCUUGGUCAUUCAUCUCAUGUAGAUGUUUAACAUUUACAUCCCUAAUUGUGAUAUUCUUUAUACACAGACUUAAGACCUAUUCAUGAAAUUGAAAGCAAUAUGUUUCAUUACAGAAGUCUAAGUUGAGAGCAUGCUUAAGGCUUUGUGAACAGUUGGAAAAUUUAAAUAAAGAGAUCCCAAUAUUUUAA